AUGCCCGUCGCCGAGCCGGCUGCCGCGUCGCCGCACGAGCCUGCGCCUGCUGCGCCCGUGCCUGCCGCUGCCGCGCGCACGCCGCCGCCGGCGCUCGCCGGCACCGCUCACUCGGCGCUGCAGCGCGUCGUCGCCCACGUCGCCCACGGCCUGCUGGCCCGCCAGCGCGCCGCUCCCGGCGCCGUGCCGCCGCCGCCGCUGCAUGCUCUGGCGCAGCAGGCGGGCAUCUACGUCGCCGCCCUCGACGGCCUGCGCCUCUGGAUCGACGAGGCGCAGCCGCUGCUGCUGGCAGAGCUCGCGCGCGCCCAGGUGCGCGAGCAGGCCGAGGCGCUCGCAGCCGCACAGGCCGCACAGGCGGAGCUGCAGCGCCUCGAGGAGGAGGCCCGCGUCAAGCGCGAGGCGGAGGCGGCCGAGGCGGCACGUCUGGCGCGCGAGCAGGCCGAGCGCGAGGCCGAAGAGGCACGCCGCGCAGACGAGAUGCAGCUCGACACGCCGCCGCUGCCGGAGGAGACAGCAGAGGCGCCGGCGGCCGGCACUGACGUCGUCGCACUCGACUCGGACGACGACGACGACAAGCCGCUCGCGGCAGCCGGAGCAGGCCCCUCUGCGCCCGCAGAGCCCGCGGCAGCCAUCGAUCUGACCUACAGCCCCGCUGCCACGCCCAGCGCGCCAGCGAGCAGCGACGCCCCUGCCGCGCCGCCUGCGCCGGCCGGCGCAGCGUCGUGGAACCUGCAGGACCCGGCCAGCCUGCUUGCGUCGCUCACCGGCAUCGCCGCAGCGCCCGGCCUCGCGAGCUCCGCGCCGGGCGACGCGCCGCCCGCGGCCGCGCAGCCGGACUGGUCGCAGUUCGACCUCUCGUCCAUCGGCGAUCUGAGCGCAUUCGGCGGCGGCCCGCAGACGGGCGAGGACGUGAGCAUGGACAUGGGGCAGAACCUCGGCGGGCUCGGCGACUUCGACUUUGACUUUGGCGAGUUUGGGCGGCACUUUGGCGCCGGCGACGGCGACGGCGACGGAUACGGCGGGCAGAACGCGUAG